CUUUUCCCCUCCAGAUUUGGAGACCAGGAGGUCAAACCCAAAGGAGUUAUUUUCUGGAAAAGAAUCAUACCAGGGGAUAAAUAUGGAGAAAAGCACAGGGGCUGAUGUUCCUUCCAGUUUGAAGGAAGCCUGGGGAUAUGCAGAGACCAAAGAGGAUGCUCAAGUUAGACUCUGGAAAGAAGCAACAGUUCUUCUCAAGAAAAGAACUUCUAUGGCCAAUAGUAACCCCAAAUGUAUUGGAUCUGGCAGACAUGUUAGUCUGAAGUCAGACUUUGUUAUACAAUCAAGACACCCCGAAGAAGAGAGACCUUAUACAUCUGAUGCUCAGGGAAAGAGUUUUAAACAGAAUUCAAAAUUAAUAAGACAUCAGAAAAAGGGCAUAAAUGAGAAAGCUCUUCAGUGUAAUGUACGCAGUAAAAUACUCAGUGAUCAUUCAGUUUAUAUCCAACAUUGUACAGUUCAUAAUGAAGAAAAAAAUGUGGAAUGUAAUCAGUAUGGGAAGACAUUUGGUCAUGGUAUACACCGCACGGAACAUCAGAAAACUAAUACUGGAGAGAAGUCUUGUGAAGAUGGGAAAGUCUACACCUGGAACUCACACCUUGCCAAACACCAUCAGAGCGUUCAUGGUGGGAAGGCACACGAAAGAGCCUUAAUUCAGAAUGCACUAUUUAUUCCGCAUCAGAGAUCCGAACAUGGAGAGAAUCCUUGAGUGUAGUGAAUGUGGAAAAAGUUAUGGUAAUUAUUCAGCCCUUACAGUACAUCAGAGAAUUCACACUGGAGAGAAACCCUAUGCAUGCAAGGAAUGUGGGAAAGCCUUUAAUCAUAACGUCUCUCUUAUUCAACACCAGAGAAUCCAUACUGGAGAGAAACCCCAUGAAUGUAGUGAGUGCGGGAAGGCUUUUAGUCAGAUAACGCACUUUAUUCAACAUCAGCGAAUUCAUACCCGUGAGAAACCUUAUGAAUGUAACGCAUGCAGUAAAGCCUUCAGUCACAACUCAUCCCGUAUUGAACAUCAGUUUAUUCAUACUGGAGAGAAGCCCUACGAAUGCAGCGAAUGUGGGAAAGCCUUUAGUCACAACUCUUCCCUAACUGUCCAUCAGUUUAUUCACACUGGAGAGAAACCCUAUGAAUGUAGCGAGUGUGGCAAGGUCUUUAGUCAGAGCUCACACCUCUAUCAACAUCAGAGAACUCACACUGGAGAGAAACCGCACGCCUGUAAGGACUGCAGGAAAGCCUUCAGUGAUCGAUCAGCCCUUAUUCGACACCAGAGAACUCAUACUGGAGAAAAACCCUACAAGUGCAGAGAAUGCGGUAAAGCUUUCAGCCAGAGCUCAACGCUCAUAAAACACACAAAAACCCACACUGGAGAGAAACCGUAUGCCUGUAAAGACUGUGGGAGAGCCUUCAGCCAGAGUUCAUCCCUGAUGCAACAUCAGAAGAUUCACACUGGAGAAAAGCCGUUCAAUUGUUACGAUUGUGGGAAAGCCUUCAGCAGGAGUGCCCAUCUUACUCAGCACCAGAGGAUUCACACUGGAGAGAAACCCUGUGGGUGUAAUGAAUGUGGCAGAGCCUUCAGGUGUAGUUCAGCCCUCAUUAGGCAUCAGAGGCUUCACAGUGGAGAAUCACUCUGAAUGUGUGGUCAUUCCAACUCUCGCUUUGUUAAAGACCAAAGAAUCCUAUUUCAUGAGUUACUAUAAUUGUGAUUCCCCCCUUUUGUUUGGAGGGCUGAGAAUCCUUGUCUCCCAUUUUCUCCUGCGAAGAAUUAGCUGCCAGCAUAUCACAAAUCCAUGUGAAAAAGUACUGAUCUGGAAGCUGGAAUAGCCCGAGAGCAACCAUCGGUCUUUCUGCGUGUAUAUUUUCAUCAUGCCUGAAGAUGACUGAUGUCACCAUGAAGUGAAUUUUUUUCCCCUAACCCCAGGAUUGGACUAUUCCAACGUGCAAAGGAAUUCUGGUUGUUUAAACUUGAGCUCAUUGCCCCUCCUUGUACUGAUCAGAAUACCGCCCAUGUCCAAGUCAAAUAGACUCAUGGUCGGUCGUAUAUUUGAAAACCGCCUUUCUAGAAACCUUUGCCUUAAUGUAAAUCAUUCCUACUCGUAGCAGUACUGUCUUCAGUAAAAGGGCUACUUUGAACUCUCCCUUCUCACUGACUUCCCUGUGCUU